UUUUUUUUUUUUGUUUUUUUUUUUGGUGCUUUUUGCAACGCGAUUGAUUCGGUUGUUGUGAACGUCGCUCGUUCAGUGAAAUUUGGUACCAACAAUCACAAGGAGAACUUACUUCAACUCGUUCGUUUCGCUUGGGAUUUUCCAGCUUGUUGCCUUUGACAAACACCGCCACCAACCCAAGUCCAUUCAAACCGCCAAACCGUGAACGCGCUCACCUAUAAAGCAAUGGGGCUCAACACGACAUCUCGCACAUUUCUGAUGCUCUCAGUGGUGCAGGCCGUCAUUGUGAUUGCGCUGCAAGCAACAAUUCUCGGCGUCGGCGACUUUUCGUCGUCCUCGGAAGGCGGCUUGGGCAAGGAUCGCCAAGUGUAUGCCGUCCUGUACCUGUGUGCGGUUGUCUACUCGAUCUACUUUGCGUACGACGCGCUGUCGCGCGAAAACAUCAUCCAAGUGUUUGCCUUUCUCUUCUUGAACGCGCUCUACACCAUGUACGGCAUUGUCCAAAUCUUCCAGUUCCGCGAUGUCAAUCUCAUCGUCAGUGGUGUCGAUACUGGCGAUCGGCCAUGGGGAACGGUCGACUCGCUUGCCGUCGCCUGCACCUGCGUGCUUGGCGUCCUUACCAUCAUCUUUGCCGUCAUCAGCCGACAGCUCUUCAAGGAGUUUGGCUGGCGCAUUUACAAGAAGAUUGGUGCCGAUCCCCGAAUUCGCUCAAUGUACCGCACCUACCAGAUUUACCUCAUGAUUCUCAAGGUCGAUCUCGCCACCGUGGUCAUCUUCCUCAUCCAACACUGCGCCGUCCUGCUCCAGACUGAUGACUACGAAUUCAUCAUGUCCAUCAUUGCUAUUCCAGUCAUUAUCGCCAUCAUUAUUUUCGCCUACUGGGGUGCCCGCAAGGAAAAGCGAGCAGUGAUUGUGUUUUUCAUCAUCAUUUUGUUGGCUGCGUUGGCCUACUUUGCGUUCAAGUUCUACCGAUUCAACACCAAGUCGUGCCCGAUUUGCGAAGUCGAAAUUGCUAGCGGCGCCGUCCAGUCGUUCGUCUUUUUGGAAAUUUUCUCUGCUAUCAACUUUUUGCUCAUGCUCGCUACUUUGGUGAUCAGCUGUUUGGUCAUGGCCCACUUUGAUAAGGGCUUGCUUGAACAUCUCAACUCUACUACGAGCGGUGCCCGCGACAGUUAUGUGGCCGACAACGGGGGUCGAAGCAUGAAUCUUCAGCUAUAAAAAACAAAGGGUUGAUCCUUUUUUUUUCUUUUGCAUGCGUUCGGUU